AUGACCUGGCAACAAUUACACCAAGACAUUGGCGAUAAAGUUAUUACUACAAAGAAGAAAGUAGUGCACAAAUCGCAAAUUCAAAGACCUAAGCUUUUUUCUUCUCCACAGAAGAAAGACGAUGAACGGAACGAAGCUAUUCCUUCUUGCAGCUAUGCUGACAAUGACCGGAACAUCGAUAAUGAAAAUCAAUUAAUAAUUAAGAAUCAUAUUUCAACUAUAGAACAAAAUUUUGAUAAAAGAAUUAUUGAUCUAACUACUUCUCUAAAAGCACACGCUAACUUAAACACAUUGCAUACGUCAGUAAUAGCCGCCUCCGAAUUAAAACAAAUUAUUGCUAACUUGACUGUUUUAUAUGGCGAAAGCAGAAUUGCAAAUUUUGGGAAUUUGAAAUAUUAUUAUCAACUAGCUGAAGACUUAUUUGAAAUUUUUCGCCUAAUUCCUGUUCCAAUCCAAAAUACGAUUUUCAUCCCAAACUUACCUUACCUAAUAAUUGGCACUGACCUACAACAAUAUGAAGAGGAAGCCUGCCCAAUGAUUCAAGAUUUCUACAUCUGCCAAAAUCAUCUCAGCCCACAAUUAAAUGACUGUGUUGUAGCCCUGAUCAAGAAAGCAGAAAUCCAGAACUGUGAAGCUGUCCAAGUCAACGUAACAAUGCCGAUAGGGCAACCUAUCACUAACAAAUACAUCUUGGCAAUUCCAACCUUAACUAACCUUAAAGUGCAGAAGCUUUGCCAAAACAAUGAAAUCGCAUUUAUAAAUCACCCCAGCUUAAUUGAAAUCCCAUUAAACUGUGGAAUAAUUACUGGGAACAUUCGAAUCUGGAACAAGGAGGAAACAAUUGAUGGAAGACCUCUUUCUCUGCCUCCAAUCAAAAUCGAAACAAUGACGUCACCAAUUGCGAACCAGAAAAUCCUCAAAUUAAAUUCUGUAGACCUGGACAAAAUUAAAGAUCUCCAGAAACAAUCCGAAUUACUAAUGCCAAUAAAACAUGAAGCUAUCCAUCCGGCUACCUGGAGUAUAGCUACCAUAUGUACCACGUUGCUGUUCAUCGUGAUUGCUCUAACAGUAAUUUGGCAACUCUACAAAAGAAGAGGUACCCAACUUCGUGAACUCAUCCAAGGAAGAAUUAUCCAAACAUCCGAAAACAGUCCCCAAUCCGUAUUGUUUUCGACUUCGGCGGGAGGAGUUAUAUGA